AAGCAUAAACCGAGCAGUAGCAACUUGUUUGGGAGUAACAAACAUUGUGAGCUAGCUAGCUAGGUAUAAGCCAACAGAGGUUGCUUUGAUCACAUAGAGAGGAUUUAAGAUGGCAGACAAAGGUUCAAAUGAAAGAGUUAGUAUGUUUCUCAACAAAAUAAAGCCUUACUUGGCCAUGGUGUCCCUGCAAUUCGGAUAUGCAGGGAUGUACAUUAUCAGCAUGGUUGGCUUAAAGCGUGGCAUGAACCACUUUGUCCUGGCUACCUAUAGGCAUUUCAUUGCCUUUGCUGUGAUCGCACCCUUCGCACUUGUUCUCGAAAGGAAAGUAAGACCAAAACUGACUCUCCCAAUCUUCCUGAGAAUAAUGGUGCUUGGUUUUCUCGAGCCUGUGCUAGCUCAGAACUUAUACUUCGUGGGAAUGACAUACACAUCGGCAACAUUUGCUUCUGCCACUGCCAAUAUCCUCCCUGCUAUUACCUUCAUUUUCGCACUUAUUUUCAGGUUGGAGAAAGUCAAUUUCAAGAAGAUCCCUAGCGUCGCAAAGGUGAUCGGAACUGUAAUCACCGUGAGCGGAGCCAUGCUCAUGACCUUUUACAAAGGCCCGAUCGUUGAAUUCAUUAGUGCACAAGCUAGCCACCAUGCAACCUCUGCCACCGCCACCGACAAGCACUGGGUUCUCGGCACUGUCAUGCUCCUAGCUCGUUGCUGUGGUUGGUCCGGUUUCUUCAUUCUCCAAUCCUUUACUUUGAAGGUAUACCCAGCAGAGCUCUCUCUCACUGCCUUGAUCUGCUUUAUGGGUGCUUUGGAAGGUGCCGUAGCUACACUGGUAAUCGAACACAACAUGAGUGUUUGGGUUAUAGGCUGGGAUUCUAGGCUCCUUGCUGCAGCUUACUCUGGGAUAGUUUGCUCUGGAAUUGCAUUUUACGUGCAAGGGAUUGUGAUGAAGGAACAAGGCCCUGUGUUCGUCACAGCUUUCAGUCCACUGGCCAUGAUCAUCACUGCCGCUCUAGCCGCUAUCAUUUUAUCUGAGCAAGUCCGCCUGGGAAGUGUAAUUGGGACCAUGCUCAUAGUCAUUGGCCUCUAUGCUGUUGUGUGGGGUAAAAGUAAAGAACGUUCGGCCUCCAUGAAAGAUGUGAAAACUAUUGAUCAUGAAUUGCCAAUCACUAAUGUUGCUACAAUAUCAUCAACAACUGUUGAUAGCAAGAAUGAUGCUGCUGGACUUAAGGAGAAUGUUGUCAAAAUUCCAAUUAACCCACAAGAAUCAUGAGAAUUCUGUCCAUGAUUCGAACUGAGGUUUUAGUACAAUUUUCAAAAUCACCAUUGUGUGAGAUUGUAUUUUUGUUUUUUAGGGUAUAUUACAUAAGGCAAUGUAAUGGAACUUGGGUUUGAACACCUUCUGUACGUUGUACGUUGUUACAAA